AUGGAGAAGGAUAAGAGCGUCGUGAAGCUCGCAGAGACAGAUGCCAAAAAACGAGGAGAAGGGAGCGCCGGCGGCGCUCACGAGCUGUACGCGCUGUCGUUCGACGGCAAGCGCCUGCUGCGUCUGCAACCGACAACGGCCGCGGACAAUCCAACAAAGAAGUGCCAGCUGAUCGGCGUGUUGACCGAGAAACACGCCAACUCGCCAACUCGUCACCAAAUACGCAUCCACUCUAAGGCAACCAUCGCGGUCGAGCGACCACCGUUGUCGCCCGAAAACGAGGAGAACAGCUGCGCGACGGUCGGCCCGAUCAAGCAGCGGAUUCCCCGACCGGCCAACGCGUUCAUGCUCUUCGCCAACGAGUGGCGGAAGAAGCUCGCCACGGAGAAUCCUCGCGAGUCCAACAAGGACAUAAGCGUUAGGCUCGGCGUGUUGUGGAAGACCAUGUCGAAGGACGUCAAAGAGAAAUACUUCGCACUCGCACGCGAGGUUGACGCCGAGCACAAGCGCAAGUAUCCAG